CGAAGCCAGUCCGAGAAAUACAUCUUUUACACGAGCUCAUCGUCCGUCGCUGUUCGAUAGUCAGAAGAAGAGGAGCGUGAAGUUUAUCUUUUCAAAUUUACUACACCAAAUUUCGGUCCGUUUUUUGCUUUUGCUUCUUAAAAACCGCGAUGCAGAGAAAGAAAUGACACAGGAUUAAUCGGAUUCGGCAUUAGUUUUUGCGUUUUUCUGAAUUCGAACGAGUUUUCGCGAUUUUUCUUCCGUCACCGCAGCAGCAGCGAUCAGAAAGGCUCAUCGUGAAAAGAAGAAAAAAUUGGAAGUGGAAGAAGAGUGACGGCGUAGAACGGAACAACGAGUGUGCCUGGUGGAACGCCUCGGAAAUUCAAAAGAGAGGAGCAGAAAAAUAGAAGAUUGUGAAGAUGUACAGUAAAAUGAAUGGAUAUCCAUCAUCAACAUUUAGGUCGAGUGGUGGCCGAUUGUGGGGAAUGUCACACUCGCUUCCGUCAGGAAUGUCGAAUUAUGCAUAUGGACAGGAUUCAGAUUUCUCCUAUUCGUCACGACCUCGAAUGUACGACAUGCCUUCGAGUAGCACGUUCGGUGGCAAUGCACCACAUACAUCGUCUUCGAGCACAAGUUCACUGUCCGGAAUGAAUUUCGGCCCUGGUAGCAGCAACUUCUCUGGGACGAAUCUGAUCGUCAAUUAUCUGCCACAGGACAUGUCUGAACGUGAAAUGUAUUCGAUGUUUUCAACCAUGGGCCCAAUUGAGAGCUGUCGAAUCAUGAGAGACAUGAAGCAGACUGGUUAUAGUUACGGAUUCGGUUUUGUCAACUUUCUAUCCGAGGAUGCGGCACAGCGUGCUAUAAGAUGUUUGAAUGGUUACUCUGUUCGAAACAAGCGAAUCAAGGUUUCAUAUGCAAGGCCACAAAGCGAUGACAUCAAGGAAACAAAUCUUUAUAUCACAAAUCUUCCACGAACCAUAACUGACGAGCAGUUAGAUAUUAUUUUUGGUAAAUACGGUACCAUAGUACAAAAGAACAUCUUGAGAGAUAAACUGACUGGUCAUCCGAGAGGGGUAGCGUUCGUUAGAUUCAACAAGAGAGAAGAAGCCCAGGAGGCGAUAUCGGCGUUGAAUAAUGUAAUACCACAAGGUGGUACUCAACCGCUGAUUGUCCGAGUGGCAGAGGAUCAUGGACGAGCUAAGGCCGCUCUCUUCGUUCCUUCAUAUAACUCAAUAGUACAUAACAACCGAGGUAGAGUACGAAUGCGUAAUAAUCCCUAUUAAAUCAACAAUGAAUCUACCGUAAUCGCUUUUGCUCAUGAUUUAUCCAUUUUCAAAGCUGAAGCUUAUUUUUACUUUACCUUGGUUAUUAUAAGUACAUAAUCUGAGUUCCGUCAUGUUUAUGUUACAAAUACAAAUCAUUUUAGUUGAGGUUCAGCCUCUCAUCUUAUUUAGCUUCAGUCAAAGACAACUAUUGAUUUAAAAAAAAACUUUAUGUUAAUUCUUAGUUCUAAAGAAGAAUAAAACAGCAAUUCAAUUUGGUUAUUUUCUUUUCUUUAAUAAUGAUAAAGCAACGUUGAUUUGAAAAUCAUUGAUCAUAAAAUGCAUGUUAUGAAUGUGACAAAACAAACUACAAUUGCUGUGCUUUCCCCGAUCAACAUUAUCAUCCAUUUCAUAGAGCUGUACAAAGCUUCCAAUAUCGUUUGAUUAUUCCCUUUUGUGAACUUGAAAUUGCGAAAAUCUAAUACAUCAUAAAUGUAGUCAAGUCACCAAUGUGACCUAAUUCGUGUGUCGACUAUGCUUUAGCUGGAAACAUUAUAUUGAAUAUGAUUGAUAAACAUUAUCAAACAUUCAUUAAAUGCAAGUUUCCUCUGUUAGAUACUUGCAUGUUGUACGAUAUUUCAGGAAAAAAACAACUUGAACAUAUUGGUUGGUUCUUCUCGAUAACAUAAUUGCAAGCUAAGAUACUUUUAAUCCUCCACGGUAAAACUAUGAUCCAUUUUGACAAUGCUGCAUAAUUCAAUAUCAACUUAGAAAACCAUUUUGUCAACCUAUUGUCCUUAACAUAGCGUAUAUAGUUGUAUGUAAGCGUUUGGAAAUGUUGAAUAAACAUCAAAUUCAUUACAAGUGAAAA